AUGGCAUCAUUGAGACCCAUCUCUGAACUCGGAUCGCUCAUCCAAGACCACACUCGCACCAUCGAAGAUGGUAUGAAGGGCUCACCGGGCGGUGAAUUCUUAACCUCCUUCGGAUCCAAGCCAGCCCAGAUGCCCUCGUCCCUCGCACCCCCCCGCGCCGAGCUCCUCGAGACGCUCGAUGAACUCCGGGCCAGACUCCUGGGUCCCAUGGGCUAUCUCACUUCUCUGGCACUGCCAAGUCCCGUCAUCACCAUCGUCCUCCAGACCUUGUACACAUACAACAUAGCCUCGCACGUGCCCCUGACGCCCGGCGCGACAAUAACCUACCCAGACCUCGCCGCACGCUGCGGUCUCCCCGUGGACGACACGCGCCGCAUCAUGCAAGCGGCCAUCGCCUUCCGCAUCUUCGAGGAGGCAUCCCCCGACACCUCGGUGCGGCACAACGCCUUAUCGGGCAUCCUUGCCGUGAUCCCGGGCAUGAACGACGUGCUCGGCUUCCUCGUCGAGGAGCACACCGCCGCCGCGGCCAAAUUCGUCGAGAGUCUGCGGCGCUGGCCUGGCAGCGGCGAGCCCGGACACUGCGCGCUGAUGCUCGCGUCGCGGGCCGAGAAGGGGCUGAGCAAUGACGAUUUUGAGGACCCUAGCAAAGGCUACUUCGACUUCAUUGCCGACGACGAGAAGCGCGUCGCGCGCUUCCGGAUGGCUAUGGGGUUGGCGAGCAACUCGCCCGCGUAUUCGUGGUCUUACUUCGUCGACAGUCUGCCCUGGGCGGACAGCGAGCAGUGCCCCGAGACGAUCGCGGAUAUCGGCGGUGCUGGCGGCGAGCUAUGCCAUGCAAUUCUGCGCAAGUACCCCGGUGUCAAGAAGGCGACGGUCCUGGACUUGCCGGAAGUGAUAGCGGGCGUCAAGGCCCCUGAGGACCUGGAGGCAAGACUCGAUUUCGCCGCAUAUAACUUCCUCGCGGAAACUGUGACGCUCAAGGUCGACGCAUAUGUCUUCCGUCAUAUAUUCCAUGACUGGAGCGAUCAAUACGCCGCCAAGAUCCUGACGAAUCUGGUGCCGGCGCUCAAGAGCAGCAGCCGCAUUUGGAUCGCCGAGGUGGUGCUCCCUGAUCUGAGUGAGAGCGCCCAUACGAGGGAUCAAACCCAAAGAGGCGCGGACUUGAUUAUGAAAAUUGGCCACAACGGCAAGGAGAGAAGUAAGAGGGGGUGGGAGGACCUCUUUGCGGAGGCUGACAAGCGGUUCCGUAUCGAGAGCAUUGUGCAGCCUGCUGGUGCACACGACGCAAUCAUUGAGGUGGUGUUUGACGCAUGA